AUGACCGUCCAUGAUGGAGAGCGCGUCAAACUAGACGUAGUCCAGCAGCACCAGCGCAGCUAUAAGCCGUCUUUAUCCUACAAACGAGAGUGGUCCAGCUUCCUAGGAAGUCAGGGUGGAAGGUGGAGUACAGCUACGGCCAUACGGCUAGAUAUUACAUCGGGGAGCGAGGAGGAUCAAAGCAAUGAGGAGUGGGAACUUGAGGCCCGCCCCUACUGCACCCAGGACUGCUUGUUGGGCCUCAAGAGAAACCGAUUUCUUGAAGAGAAGUGUCCGAACGUCGCGUUACAUCGCAGUGUCACUGGAGGUAUGGGACAUCCUAUUGAUGCAGCUCGUCUCUUGGACCUCUUACGUGAGGACCUGACUCCACUCGUCCGCCGCUUGCGUUCCACCAGACCUCUGGAUGGUUGUGGUAAAUACGGUCGCACAGGGGCUCUCUUCAAGAUACCUUCAAGCCGCCACGGCUAUACUUUUGUCGGCAAAGGGAUGUUCGCUGCAGCCGUCAGCAGUCUAGAACAUGAAGAGAAGAUUUACCGGCGAAUGGAACCACUACAAGGCCAUCAUGUUCCUGUCUGCUUAGGAAGUAUUGCUUUGGUUACUCCAUUUCCACUACAAGCACCUGAUAUAGCUCAUAUGUUGCUCAUGGCAUGGGCAGGAGAUGCGGUCACGAUCAAAGAUAAUGGAUUAUCUGAGUGGCUGCGAUUUCGACAGCCACUUUUGACUUAUGGCGUCGUUCAUAACGAUAUACGGCAAGAGAAUCUCCUAUGGAAUUCUGACCGUGGACAUGUUUUACUCAUCGACUUCGAUUGA